AUGGCCGAGCAGGACCGUGGCGACUAUAUAUCAUGGGUUCAAGACGCCAAUGAUAAAUCACGUGAUCCACCCCUCACCCAAUCCGGCGAUGACAAUGCGACUUACACAGAUCGCCGUCACCUCAAACGGACCAGAGUCCUCCGCAUCGGCAGCCGAAUCAGCAGCCCUCAAUCCAUGACCGCCUCCUCCCGCUCUGCUUCUCCGCAUCUGUGUCGAUUAAGACGGAUAGCCCAGCCAUGGAGCAGCACACCAGUGGCCACAACAGGGGUCGAAUCACGCAAGGGAGUCAUAUUUCUCGUCUCCCAACCAUGUGGGAUGAUGUCAUGGGCACCAGAAUGCCGCCUCUCAGCUGUUCCUGUGGUUGAAGAUAUCUUUAUUUCUAAACAUGGUCGAUAUUUAGGUCGCACUACGUUGGUCGAACUUCACAAUAGUCUCGAGGCAUCAACGGGCGUCGCCAUGAUGGAACACUUGCUCGGUAGUGAGUAG